UUAUUUAUUUGCGUUUAACUUUAUCUCUUCUUUCUCUCUCCUCUAUUUAUUUGUUCAACUUCUCAAACUUAACUCAAAAAACCUGUUCAUACUUCUUGUCAUUUUUGUCAGAUCUUGAAAUUAAAAGACAAAAAUGGCGGGAAAAGGAGGAAAGGGGCUUUUAGCAGGUAAAACAACAGCUGGUAAUAAAGAGAAGGAGAAGAAGAGACCUACUUCUCGCUCUUCUAGAGCUGGUCUUCAGUUUCCAGUUGGUCGAAUCCACCGGCACCUAAAGACCAGAGUUUCAGCAAACGGCCGUGUUGGUGCAACUGCUGCAGUCUACUCUGCUGCUAUUCUUGAAUACCUGACUGCAGAAGUGCUUGAGUUAGCAGGAAAUGCAAGCAAAGAUCUCAAAGUGAAGAGGAUCACUCCUAGACAUCUGCAGCUUGCUAUUCGAGGGGAUGAAGAGCUCGAUACCCUCAUCAAGGGAACCAUUGCUGGUGGUGGUGUUAUUCCUCACAUUCACAAGUCAUUGAUCAACAAAUCAGCCAAGGACUGAAAUUCCAUUAUCUGAUAAAAUUAGGUGGUAGAUUUAAGUACAUUGGAUGUCAAGUAAGAAUGAACUUCUAGCUGUAAUAUCUUUACUUUGGACCUCGUCAAGGCUAUUUAGGUGUGAUUCUAUUAGCUAUUUAGGUGCUUGUUAAUUUAGUUCGUUCUCGUCUAUUUGUGCAGUUCUAAUUGGAUUUAUCCUUAUAACAUUAGUUUGUCUUUGUAAUUUGACUUAUAAGUUUCAGAAGUUUGAUUAAUUAGUGAAUCUUUCCUGGUUUUUACUGCAA